GCUUGCCGUACCGGAAGAGAAACAUUCAGUCAAGCAACAUGGAUGUGUUUGUGAUUUCACCAUCUCUUCAAUCGAAGACCUUAACGUUUCUUCCAGGAUCGACUGUUCAGAAUUUAAUUGAGCUAUUUACCCUUGAAGAUGGUAUUCCCGCAACCGACUUCUACGUUAAAAACAAUGGCCGGCUGUCGUCCAGUGAAGAUGAACUUCAGACUGGGGCUGUGUAUCGUUUGGAGCCUCGCUUGUUCGGUGGGAAAGGAGGUUUCGGGUCCAUGCUCCGAGCGCUGGGGGCGCAGAUAGAGAAGACCACCAACCGCGAGGCCUGCAGGGACCUGAGCGGACGAAGACUGCGAGAUGUCAAUCACGAGAAAGAGAUGGCGGAGUGGCUGAAGAAGCAGGCGGACCGCGAGGCGGAGAAGGAGCAGCGGCGUCUGGACCGGCUGCAGAGGAAGCUGGCCGAGCCCAAGCACUACUUCAGCGACCCCGACUACGAGCGCCAGUGCCACGACCUGUCCGAGCGGCUCGAGGACUCCGUCCUCAGAGGGAUGCAGGCGGCCUCCAGUGGUCUGGUGCAGGCGGACGAGGGACCCAGCCGUAAACGCCCGGCGACCGCCGCGGUCACUAAGGCCACCAGCGCACCCAAGCCUGGCAAGAAGAAGUGCCUCUGGACCGGUAUGGGAGACCUGGCCGUCUCCGACGAGGACAGUGACUCCGCCAGCGACGACGACGGCGCCUCUCCGUGUGUGUCCUCUAGCGCCUCCUGCCGUUCAGGAGCAUACACUGCACGCAAAUCAGCAGUAGCAGCAGCAUCAGUCGCCCACAUCACGUCCCAGGAGAGCCCCAGCAGCAGCAGCUCCUCCUCCAGCUCAGGGGCCAGCUCCCCCCAGAGAAGCCCAGCACAGGAGCCCCACCCUGGGCAGACCCAGAGCGAAGCAGCACCCCAGCAGGAGGAGGCCCAGGAGGGGACUGGGGCACCAGGCGAGGCCCAGGCUGCAGGGCCUGCGCAGGCCUCGGUGGCUGCAGUGGACGCAGAGGAGGCUGAGAAGCCGGAGGAGGAAAAGAUGGACACGGGAUCACAGCAGGCGGUCAGCAGCAGCACCAGCAAGAGCGCAGCACCAGAGGUUCCCGCGGGCCCCCUGGACCUGAGUGCGGUGGACAGCGUGGAGCAGCUGGAGGCCGUGGGCCUGGACCGCCUGAAGGGGGCGCUGAUGGCGCGCGGCAUGAAGUGCGGAGGGACGCUGCAGGAGCGCGCCGCACGCCUCUUCUCCGUCCGAGGCCUCGCCCCCGACCAGAUCGACCCCGCCCUCCUCGCCAAGCCCGCCAAGGGCAAGAAGAAAUGAGAGAACCCGAGAGAGAGACCCUGGCUGUAGAAAAUAAAAAGGGAACUGGAUUAACUAGAUUAUUUUAAAUAUUCCAGAUAUUCCAGGAUGUGUCAAUAAGGGUUUGUGUGGGAAUAUGGAAAGGAACGGUGUGGAGAUGAUGGACCCUGGGACCCCUUCUCUUUUCUUCAGCCUUUUUUUUUUAAGUUUCUAGACCAUGUACCUAUAUUCUUUUUAAGUUUUGUUUUGUUUGGCGGAAAGGUCAGAGCUGCAGUAUUGUCUUGACUGUGUCUGUUUCUGUAUUUCUGAUUCACAAUUCUGCUGAUUUUUGUAAAUAAGCAAAAGGGGCCACUUUGGCUCUAAUGUGAUUGCAUAUGUGUGUGGGAAACCAGGUGUAUGGGUUUCAUGUCCAUAUGUUCAGUUGCUCAGAUAUUACAUUUAUAACUGAAAUAAACAAAAACAUCUGUUUCUUAAA